AUGGCCAAGACCUUCACCUACGACGAGAUCCAGCAGCACCGAUCUAAGGAGUCCUGUUGGGUCGUCCUCUACGGCAAUGUCUACGAUGUCACCUCUUUCCUUCCCGACCAUCCAGGCGGCAGCAAGAUCAUCCUCCAGCUCGCCGGCUCCGAUGCCACAGAGGAAUACGAUCCCAUCCACCCACCUGGCACCUUGGAGGAUUCCCUGCCCGAGAGCGCAAAACUGGGCAAGAUAGACGAGAGCACACUGCCGUCGGUAGAAAAGAGCCCAGCGCAAGAGCAAGGAACAGCGGAAGAGGAAGAGGCGACACUCGAAGACUGCUUGAACUUGGACGACAUCGAAGCCCUCGCGACACGCAAGAUCUCCAAGAAAGCCUGGGGAUAUUACUACUCCGCCUCCGAUGACCUCCACAGCAAGACACUCAACAAUACCGUCUAUCGCUCCAUCCUCCUCCGACCGCGAAUCUUCGUCGACUGCACGAAUUGCUCCACAGCCACCAAUCUCGCCGGAAACGCCGUCGGCGUCCCGUUCUUCGUCUCUCCCGCCGCAAUGGCCCGUCUCGGCCACCCGGACGGCGAACACGGAAUCGCAAAAGCAUGCUCCACCUUCGGUGCCCUCCAGAUCAUCUCCAACAACGCCUCGCAAACCCCCGAGCAAAUCGUGCAAGGAUCGAAAGCAGGACAAGUCUUUGGCUGGCAGCUCUACGUGCAGACGGAGAGGAAGAAGAGCGAGGAUAUGCUCCGGAGGAUCCACAAACUACCGCAGAUCAAAUUCGUGUGUCUGACGCUGGACGCGCCCGUGCCGGGGAAGAGGGAAGACGACGAACGGUCGAAAAAUGUCGGGUCCAAUCUACCAGUCCGAAGCUCCGUGCAAGCAGACCCUUCGAGUUCCAAAUCUCCCCCCGAGCCCGAAGAAAGAGGAGGCGUCGGCAAAGCUCUCUUCGCCGGGACAGCGCCGGACCUCACAUGGAAGACCACACUCCCUUGGUUGGCGAAACACACCGACCUCCCCAUAAUUCUCAAAGGCCUUCAGACCCACGAAGAUGCCUACCUCGCUUCUCUCUACGCACCACGAAUCAAGGGCAUCAUCCUCUCCAACCACGGCGGCAGAGCGGCAGAUACCGCACCCCCAGCCAUCCACACGCUGCUCGAAAUCCGGAAAUUCUGCCCUUCCGUCUUCGACAAGAUCGAAGUCUGGGUGGACGGAGGCAUCAAGCGCGGCACGGAUGUGGUGAAAGCUCUGUGUCUGGGAGCGAAAGGCGUCGGACUGGGCAGGCAGCCUCUGUAUGGCUUGGGAGCCGGCGGACAGGCUGGCGUGGAGAGGGUACUUGAGAUUCUGAAAGCGGAGACGGAAACCGCGAUGAGGUUACUAGGCGUGGAGAGGGUGGAGGAGCUUGGGCCGCGGCAUGUGAAUGCCAGGGCGGUGGAGAGGGAUAUCUUUGAUGGCGAAGCAGGGCUGGAUAUUGCUGUUGUGAGGAGUAAAUUGUAG